GCAACUUUCCAAAAAUUAUGAGUGGAUAUUAAUACCACUGGUCAACAAAAUUGAACUUCUUUUUUGCAACAAGAAACAAAAUACAUAUACUCUUCUGACGGUUUAUACCUGAACUCGUAUCCGAAACCAGAAAAAUUUGAUUGGAAAAGUUUAAUUUUUUGACUUACUUUAAUUUUAGAUAUCUCGGGCAAUCAAAGAAAUGUCGUAGUUUUAAACAGAUUUUGAAACAAUAAAACUAAGUAACCAGAUAAAGGUAAUGUAUUGUUACAAAUUGAUUGUAAUGAAUUACCUCACAUAAAAGUAGAACCUCGAAAACGAAGUUGACGUUUCUUGACAUUUUAUAACGGUAUUAUUUCAAAAACGAAGGCCAAUCAAACUUUUCUGACUUCAGAUUUAAGUUCAACCCCCCAAAAACCUUCAGAAAAGUAUGUUUAAGUUCUUUUGGCAAAAACCCUAUUAACCAGUGUAUUUAGUGCAAUUCGGUUCUCUUGUGUAUAUUUCUAUCAAACUCAACUGGUCAAGUAAGUAUCUUUCAAAUUUAUACUUUUACUGUUAUAAUCUUGUAUCUUAACUAACUUUUAUAUCCAAAAGCUUCAAAAGCUGGCAUCACUUUUACCACCCAUCAGCUGCUGUCACAACAAAAAACUCACCCUUUCAACAAAACAGCAGGCAAAAAUACAAAAAAAAAAUAAACUCAAAAAGAAAAGAAAAACAUGUCAAAAUAUAACAUAACUAGCACACAGCAAAACAGCACCUUUGCAUUUGCACCACUCGCACUUGUACGAAUAUAUCCAAAACCCAAAACGACAAACAGAGCGACAACAACUAAAAAGCUACGAACGACAACGACGACAACGAAUACUACGACGACAACAACCAAACACCAGUACACCACACAACCAACCAUGAUAUAGAAGCAGCAACAGCAGCAGAGAGAAACAACCUAAGUAGUCACAGAGCCAACUAGCAUAUCCACCACUCGUCACAGUACUCAUCAAAUCGUCGUACACCUUUUCGUGUGUUUUUGCUGACACGUCUAGAAUUUUUCGUUCUUCUCCCCCUAAAAAAAAUAGAAUUAAAAACUUCUUAAAAUUUACCCCCCUCUCAUAUUCAAAAAAACGACUUCAAAUUACAAUCGAUUUCCUAGAUUGAAGAUUGUUGUAUUUGAAAUCCGAUGAACGGCUCUAAACGAUAAUGGAUCCAAACUAUGCAAAUGCUGGUGGUGGAGGUGGUGUAGGUGUUGGUGUUGGUAUUGGAAUUGUGCCAAGUGCAGCAACAGGAGGUGUUGUUGGUAGUGGAACUACAGUACCAACAGCAUCAGCAAUUCCAAGUGGAAGAUAUAAUACUGCCUUUUAUAAAGAUUCACUUGCUGCUAGUUGUCAACGGGGGGCUGUCGUCCCACCACCCUACAAUACCUACGAUCCAUAUGGCAGUAGUGGUAAAGUAUCUAGUGCAUAUCCAUAUGAUGCUGAAGCUGAAUUCAAAGAGAGAACAGGCAUGGGAAAGACGACGACAAAGGUUAUGGCGGGAAAUGUAGUAAUUCCUUCGAAUAGUGCAAAAGUUCAACAUCAACAGCAUGCGUAUAGUCAAAACAGCUGUUACAGUGGCAGUUAUAGUCAAAGUAACGCACCUGAAAGUGCAAAUUAUUAUGCUGCUGCAUUAGCCUAUGAACAACAACAACAACAACAGCAUCAUCAUUAUACACAACAGCAACAACAACAAUACCACCACCAUCAACACCAUCACCACCAAAGUCAACUUCAACAACAGUACAAAUAUAAUAAACUAGUUGCUGCCCAACAACAACAACAUCAGCAACAGCAACAUCAUCAGCAUUCACAACAACAAAAAAUACCACCACCAGAAUAUGGAUAUGCUUCAUAUCACCAUCCUUAUUAUCAUCCCCAUUAUCAUCAUCCUUCUUCGUCGUCGUCGUCGUCAGCCCAAAAGGGCGUUACAAUGAUGAAAACAAUACCAGAUGCUGGAAGCAGCAGUAGCUCCAUGCCAUAUGGUAGCAGUAGUAGCAAAAUGAUGACUGCUCGUGCGCCUCAAUAUCCUACUAACUACAACGCCUUUCACCACCACCCCCCACAAAGCAGUUACCCGCCAGUUGUCACAGCAGGACAUCAACAUCAACAUCAGCAUACAUAUCAAAGCCAAAGUGUCUGCGAGGACAGCAGCCGAUGGAUGUGGAAUAGUAGCAGCAACAGCAGUGGAAAUGAAUAUCCAAAUAGUAGUAGUUGUCGAAGUGGUGGUACUUAUUCAGCGUAUGUUAAUGGCACUAGCACAGCAGCAGUAGCGGCGGCAGCAGCAGCAAAACAACACAAUACAAUGUGGCCGUCGUCACAUUCAAUGCCAAUGCAAUAUCAAACUACAGGAUAUCCUGCUGCUGCCGCUGCUGCUGGGGCAAUGGCUUCAAAUCAAAGUUGUUGUCCACCGCCACCACCACACCAUCCUUCGCAAAGUUCAACAACCACAUUUUAUCCGCAGCAAUAUGUCAAGUAUCCUAUACAUCAAAAUGCUGUCGAUUAUAACAAUGAUCUCUAUGGAAAUUCUCCUCAAAGUAACCCAUCAUCUACGACAGCGGGAGGUGUGGUAGCAGGAGUAACUGCUUCAGGAAAAGUUUACACUGAUCUCAGCGGGAAUUCAUAUCAACAGGCGAUAAAUAAUAACCCGGUAGCAGCAUUUCAUCAUCAUCAUCAUCAGCAACAACAGCAACAAACAGGAGAAUAUAGUUUGUCACAUUCAUCAACAGUUGACUAUAAUAGUCCAAGGUACUUACAACAGCAACAUCAUCACCAUCAUCAUCAACAACAGCAACAACAACACCAAACCGAGUCACCAUCUUCAUUAUCAUCUGGAUCUUCGUCAACUUCCUCAUACAAUCAUCAUUACUAUCAUCCCUAUUCAGGAUAUUCAAAUGCCGCCGAAGCUGCUGCCCACCAAGAAUCCUAUCAACAGCAAGUUGAUACUAAAAUUAAAAGUCAAAGCUUAAGGGAUUUCCUAACCUCCUGGAAUGAGGAUGAAGAUGAAAUGAAUGCCGCCACCGAAGUGCCCUUCAUGGAGCAAAUGCAUUUAAAUUCAGAUCACUUUGCUCAAGAUAAUAAUGGCGGCGCUCCACCUCCGGUAAUGGAAAAUCAUCUUCAAUUCAAAGGAUCCUUCUCAUCCACAUCUAGACCAAAAAUUCAUGUUGGCAUAACAGUAGACAGUACUGUUGAAUCAGAUCAGUACAUAAACUUGCCCGAUAUUAUAAUUGAUAUUGAAAAAUCUAACAAAGAUAUUGUUAGUCUAAAUGAUGAUUGUCAUGUAGCUAAUAUUCCUUCAACCAUGACGACAAAGUUGGAGAAGGAUGAUGUUCUUAUUAAAGAAGAAAUGCCAAAUGUUAAAGAGAACGAUGGAGAAGAAAAUAUUGAGGAAGAAGCAGAGAAAUACCCAAAGAAACAACGUAAUCAAUCAAUCCAAAGAGAAAAGAAGUCAAUAUCGUCGUCGUCGUUGUCGGUUUCGUCAAUGCGAAGAAAAUGUCAAAAUUCAAAACGUUUUCGUACCACAAAACAACGUUUUACUGUACGACGGCAUCAUAGAAAAUUAAAAAUUGUUCGACGAAAAUUUAUUCGUCGUCGUGUUAAAAAACAACCAAAACAACCCACCUUUAAUAACACCAGCGGUAGUAACAACAUUUUACAGCAAUAUAAUCCACAAUCUCUCAAGUGUCUUUGCGUAUCGUUAAUAAAUUCGGAAAAAUUUCGUAAACGUGUCCUUGGACCUCGCAGUGAUAUUGUUAAUUUAUUUAACAAUAACAAGAAUACAAAUAAUAAUUCUAAUAUAAUAACCACCGUCGUUGAUAAUGAGGUUAAUGUACCAUUAUUAUCAUCUACCUCUGAUUCUAAUUGCACCACCUCAAAUUCCUCCUCCACCUCUGUCAUACCAAAGCUAAGUGACCUUUGUAAGAAUGCCUUAAAUAGUUCCUUCGAUCGCGAUGUAUUAGUUAUUAAUUUAGAUGAAAUAUUAGAUAGUGAUAAUUUAUUUGUUGUUCAAUGUGAUAUCAAUGAAAAUAUAUUAGAAAAUUUUGUAGAUGAAUCAGUACAAUUACAACAACAACAGGAAGAAGAACAACAACAAGAACAGGAAAACAGCAGCAGUAGUAACAACAGCAACAAAAUCAUCAAUGUCAAUGAUGAUGAUCGAGAAGAAGAAGCAGAAGAUCUGGUAGAAAUAUUAAAUGAUAACAAUAAUAAUUAUAACAAUAAUAACAAUAGUGGUAGUAGUAGUGAAAAUAAUAAUCAAGAUAUACAAUUCACUCCAAUUUCAAAUGAUAUUGAACAGCAGCAUUUAAAACGUCGACGUUGUUGUUCUCGUUCACGUUCACAUUCACCAACAACUGAGGUGAGUAAUUUGCCGCUUGACAAUUCAGUCGAGCAUAACAAUAAUUUUAAUUUAAGUUCUAUUAAUCCUCUCAUACAACCACCAUUACCAUCAUCUCCACCACCACCAUCGCUUUUAACUCCUCCACCAUUGCCAUCAUCACCGCCACCACCUUCACCACCGCUAUCGCCAUUAGAAGUAACAGCAGCAGCUGAUGGGUCUAUAUCGUGCCCAACAGCAGCAAAAGCAACAAAAUUAUUGUAUGAUGAUGGUCGUGGUCAUGAUCGUCAUAGUCAUAGUUCCUCUUCGUCGUUGAUUGAACAAAAUUUUUUGGCUUGCAAUGGCUAUAUUGAACUAUAA